ACCACAGCGACCAUGUAUUUCUGCCCCUCCCCCGCAAUUUGCAAUGUUUGGCAGCAAAACGCGACCUUAUACUGCCCAUCACUACUCGACCUGCCAGCCCGCGGCAUCCCUACCAUCCAUCCAACUAGCAUCUUGCCAGCAAUCGACUCACCAUGGCGCAAAUGCCGCGGUGGGACAACCUUCUCGGCAGCUCCGCCGUCGACGACAUGAUGACGGAGCUUAGCAUAGCCAAGGUCGGCGAACCAGUUGGCGAGCCGGGUUCGCAAGGGGAGGGAGUUCCCAAUCUACAGAAAGCCCUCCUCCAGACACGCGACGACAGUCAACGGCGCGAGGGUCCAUAUCGGCCGCUGCUCGAGCCCCAGGAGAUCAGAGUGCUCGAGCUCAAGCCAGGCUCCGGCGAGGAUGAGGUCCGCUGCUCGCUGCACCAUUGCAGUCUCGACGUGCCCAUCAGGACCAGGACCGGUGGGCGCUGGGAAACAGACCCGGAGGUGCUCAGGCGGCAGCGGAUGGUUAUUCGCGGCGAGUGGGAGGGACCCACGGAUUUCAUGCCCAGUCACUUCCUCACGCAGGAGCCCCGCCACGCGCUUUUGCUGCCGGACAGGCUCGAGCCUGUGGCAUACACGGCCCUCAGCUACACCUGGGGCCCCAACGUGUUUGACGCCCUGGUGGAGCUGGAUGGCUACAAGAGGCCGGUCACCGCGGCUCUCGAGCGAGCGCUCAGGCGCUUCCGCCGGCCGGACGCCAGCUUGGUGAUGUGGAUCGACCAGCUGUGCAUCAACCAGGCAGACGAGGGUGAGAAGGAGAAGCAGAUCCCGCUAAUGGGGCGCGUGUACGCCCAGUCGUCCAACACGCUGGUCUGGCUUGGUGACGCUGCCCCCGGGUCUGCCAAGGCGAUCGCGCUGCUCGAGCAGAUUGCCAGGGAGAUGCACAUGGACAUGAAGCCCCUUGAGCUCCCAGCCGACCUUGCCCGCCGCUACCUUCCCGGGCCCGAAGACGAGGCGUGGAAAGCAGUUCGAGAUUUCUUCCUGCGGCCUUGGUUCACGAGGGUGUGGAUCAACCAGGAGGUCUGGAUGCCCGAAAUCAUCUUGGCCAUGUGCGGUAAUGAGGCGAUCAACUGGGAAAUGCUGCUCACGGCAUAUAAUAAUCUUCGAAUCUCAGGCCUUUCAACAUGGAUGUUCGAAACGCUACCACCACCAGAAGAUGUGGCGGAUCGCGGAAUCGACGUCAUCGCUCGGGCUGGUCGGCUCUGGGAUAUAUCCCCACAGAGCAAGAGCUACGUUAGGCAGACGGAAUUGAUAGACAAGAUCCGUGACCGCCGAUGCUACGACCCCCGCGACAAGGUGUACGGGCUAAUGGGGAUGCUGAAGACUCCAAAGUGGAAGAAGGUUAGCUACUCGCAAGAUUAUCCCACAUCCAUGCUGUACCGAGACGUGGCGGCGUACGGGUUGGAAAACAUACCGCACAACCUGGAUCACAUCCUGGCGAGCGUCGAUCACGAAUACACACAAACGACGGCGGGACUCCCGUCGUGGGUUCCCGACUGGGACCAGGCGCGCCAAACAUGGCCCCUUUGCGAUAACUUUUCGGGUGUGUACGGCUCAGGGAAUAAGCAGCGCUUCCCGCUCCCGCAUGACGAACUCGAGACAAAGACGAGGAUAAAAGGUCACGAGCACGAAGCAAAGAUAAUGAUUGAAGGCGUCGAGUUGCAUAGCCGGGCGGUGUUUGCCGACAGGGUCGUCCAAACCUCGGGGCGGUUAACGGAGCCGGACAUCAGUCUUGUCAGCCCACAGACGACAAACAAGGACUUCCUUGUGGCCUGCGCCGACUUGGCGGCAGUAGCAGCUCCUCGCUCGCCGUACAUGGGCAGUUCAGGAGCCCCAUCCGCGAGCGGGGUGCCGCAAGAAGGCAAGAAGGCAUUCGAGGCCUUUUGGCGAACUCUUGUCGCCGACAAGGACGACACCAACAUGCAGCGCGCCCCAGAGCUGUACGGCGAGGUCGUCAGCUUCCUCCUGGACCAGUCCACAGGACGCAGCCCUUCUUUCCCCGGGCAGACCUACUCCCCACGGCAGCGCAGACCCAAGGGCAAGGGAGGGUUGGACCUCGACAUGCUGUCGGGGAAAAGGACGAUGGGAAUGGCGUUCCGCAGCCUGCGUGACGCGGCCCAGCGAGCGGCCAAGAAUCGCCGCUUCGUCGUGACGGAAAAGAGCAUGUUUGGGCUGGUGCCGCACUGGGCGCGCGAGGGGGACGACAUCGCCAUCAUCCAGGGUUGCAAUAUCCCGUUUGUGCUCCGCAGGGCUGAUAGAGCUGGCGGGCGCGGCUACCAUGUCAUUGGGGAAUGCUACGUGCAUGGCAUCAUGAGCGGGGAGGUGUUUGCGUCUGGGGAUAAAAAGUCGGCUGAUAUUGUGCUGGUGUAG